AUGAACGUUUCAGCUCGUUUCAAUUCGAGCUGGGAUGAGACUUCUCCUCUUGACGCGUUGAGCCAAAUCACUCCCGACCUAUUAUGCGCGCAAAUAAGAUGGCAGGGAGAAGUACUCUACCCACAAAGGGAUGUCCGGACGAGUAAGGCACGAUAUUUCCGGAUAUCAGAUGGCCAUGCUUCCCACCGCCACCUGCUGGACGCGAGGGACGGGGGGCGAGGCUCUCGGAAUGGUAUCAUAUUAGUCCAGUAUACACGUUCUCGUGUGUUUAAGGAUCCCCUUGAACUCCUCCUCAACGACCGGAUAGGCUAUAUCUUGUUGCUUUUCAGCAGCUCAUUUAGCAAAUCGCACAUCAGAGGCCUGGCCUCUUCUCCCGAUCUCAACCACGCCAUACCCAUCUUGGGCUCCAAAUGUCGGACGCCUUUGUUUUUCCUUGCACCAAACUCCCCAAACGAUCCUUCUGGAAGUCGCCCCAACUAUAGCCUGGAAUAUGCCGGUGGGGCUUAUACUCGACCUGUAGCACUGGACUUUGAAACUAUCCCAGACUACCCCCACGAUAGAGACCAAUGGAUGUCAUCUCAAAUUCAGUUCCAUAUUCCCAACACCGUAGAACCAGUUUCCCCCUUUUCCAUGUCCUCUGCGCUACCCCACCUGAAGCAAUCCUCACAGAACUCGUCACUGGACAGCAAGAGCGUGGCAGAAUCUGACCGACAAAGUACAAGUACAAAUCAGGCGGAUCUUUCUUACGUGGUCCCGGCUACAUCGGAUUCUCAGUUCACUUACACUCGAGGGUACGCCAGCCGAAGGAGUAGCAGCCACCUGGGACUCCCCACCAUCCCCGAGCUCUCAUGGGCAGAGUCUGUGCGUUUGUCCGAGCUCGAAGCGGACAACGGACAUUCAUUCCCCGGGUCACAUGCCCAUUCACCGCUUUCUGGAGAAGAGGAUGAAAGCCUUACCCACUCAAAUCCAACACCUAUGCUGAUGGGAGGACCAGGUUCUAAUUCAUCAACACACUCUGGGCUUACAUCAGAUUCGGCUCCUCGAACACCACCCUUAGAGGCGCAGAAAGACUAUUUCUCGACCGCUUCAGUAUCGGCUCAACUCCCUGACCGGCCGGAUGGUUAUUCGCAUGAGGCAUAUCCUGCCGCGCCCCAUUCGUACAUUUCGUCACCUUCCACGCCCUAUCUCCGCGAUUCCUGGAGCCAGUUUAUGCUGGAUGCACAAUCACAUUACAUAUCAGCAUCCGGAUCAGUACACGGUACUGAGAUGCGCUCAAAUAGACCACCGUCGGCGAUUGAAGAAAAAGGAGAAAAAUGGACUGGCGAGGUCCCUAACGUAUGGUCGCUGUUUAGCGCAUCGCCGACAUCGGGUGUCUUGCAUCUUCCGCCGACUCCACCUGUACCCGCAUUACCACAGAAACUCAUAGUCAACCCGAUAUUUGCGCAUAUACUAUGGGACAUCCGGUUCCCACCGGCCUCGGCAUCGCUCAUCACGGCCAAGUACCGAAACGGCGCCAAGAGUCGCUCAGAGCUAUGGCACGACAGCGAAGGAGCGACUAGAGCCCUAAGCAAAGUCGAGCAUGUUGCACAUCUCGUCCCCACACACACGAUGGCGCGCGCGGGUUACGGGGAAAGCGCAACGCCCGACGAACCUCCGACGUACGUCUCGGUCGCCGAUGUUUUGUUUGCGCUGCACGAGCAGCUCGUGCUGCGGUUCGUCAAGCAAAACGAAUGGGAAAAGCUUGAUGAACGCACGAGGUGGUAUAUCAGCAGGGCGUAUGGGAAAAACCGGGUGGCGGAUUCGAGCGAUGCGGGGAGCUUCGCUAGUAGAUUCAGUGGCAGCGUGGGCGAUGGGACGAGUAUGCGCGGGAGCGUCUGGAGCGAAGGGAGCCGCAUGAGCGACGUCCUACGUGAACGAACAUUGUUUGCCGGAAUACGGUCCGACCCCGCGUACAAGCGCCGUACGCCCGAAGAUGGCUUGACUCACCUUGUUAUGGACCUUCGUCGACAUGAGAGGCCGGCCUCUAUGGCAUCGGCGUGA